AGUUAGCAGCCAGCUAGCAGCCAGCUAGCUGUUUUCUGUAUUAUUUUCUUAUUUUUUGUGUGUUGUUGCAUAUGCAGAGAGAUGUGGUUUAUUUAUUUACUGAGCUGGCUGUCGUUGGUGAUUCAAAUAUCCUUCGUCACUCUAGCAAUAGCGGCUGGCCUGUACUACUUGGCCGAACUAAUAGAAGAAUACACAGUAGCCACCAGUCGAAUUAUAAAGUACAUGAUACUGUUCUCGACAGGUGUGCUGGCAGGUCUCUAUCUUUUUGAGGGUUUCCCAGUGCUGAUGGUGGGAGUCGGCCUCUUCACAAACCUGGUGUAUUUCGGCCUCCUGCAGACCUUCCCCUACAUACUGCUGAGCUCCCCAAACUUCAUCCUCUCCUGUGUGUUGGUGGUUGUGAACCACUACAUGGCCUUUCAGUACUUUGCACAAGAGUAUUAUCCAUUCUCAGAGGUGCUGGCGUACUUCACCAUCUGCCUAUGGGUGAUUCCCUUCGCCUUCUUUGUGUCACUGUCAGCGGGAGAAAAUGUGCUUCCAUCCACCAUGCAGCAAGGAGAUGAUGUCGUGUCUAAUUACUUCACCAAGGGCAAAAGGGGAAAGAGAUCUGGGAUCCUCCUCGUGUUCUCUUUCCUCAAGGAGGCAGUGCUGCCCAGCCGACAGAAAAUGUACUGAGGAGCUGGGACUCGGGGUGCAGCCUCAGGGGUUCAGGGGUUUGUGAGUGUGUGUAUGUGUUGGAGAUCAACGGGAAGCAGGAAGGACAAUGGAAAUUGUUUCUGGAUGGGACUAAAACGAAGCAGUGGUCGAAAAGGGGAGGAAAAGCACACAAAAAAGGACGGACCAAUGAACAGAUCAGAGCUUCCUGCUGGACGAGCCAACAAGUUUACACAGGCCAUGUUCGUCUGUCUUUGUCUUUCUGUCUGUCUGUACUGACUGCCAACAACACCGACUGGAGACCUCGUUGUGGGGAUCUUGUCCGUAGCGCAAUGCUUUCUUAUUGUCAUGUUGGACUCCAUUUUUUUAAGCUUUAGUAUUAAAGUAUGUAUGUGCAGGGUUUGAAAUUAACAACCACCAAAUACCUGUAAGUUUCGACUUGGGUGGGUCAACCAUUAUCCGUUUUCUUCUUGAGAUGACAUCAUCUGUCACGUGUGUGUCGUAGGUCUCACACUUCAUCUAAUUCAGUACUCAAAGUAGCACUAAAGACAAAAUACAACCAGUUACAACUUUUUCUCUGACGAAAAGGACGGGCUGGAGAUGACUGAGACAUCUUAAAGGUACUUUAUGGCUGAUUCCUGCUGUCCAUGCUUGGGCUGUGAUGUGAAAUGAUCCUGGAAAGGAUAGUGGAUAAGAUAAAUCACCAACAGGAAAAAUGACACAGGUCACUACGAAAAGGGCCUAAUGGGAUAAUUUUAAAUGAGCAAUCCAUAAAGGUGUAAGGACUCUGCAAAGACGUCCUGUCCUUUCCAGGGUGUGACAUGGUUCACAUGCUGCAUCACAUCACUGAAAAGGACUUAAAUAAAGGCAUUUAUGAAGGUUUACUUGUAAUCCUUAGGGAUCUUCUCUACUGUGGAUCACCAACAUUCAGCCAUAAAAAGGUGGCACUGGAUUUGUGUUGUUUCCACCUGCUUCUACACAUUCAUUAAUCACCAGCACUCUAGUGUGCGACCUGCCUGUGUCUCUCUUUUUUUUUUUGGACUGUUUGUAAGAAUUCAUAGUAAUAACAAACUGAUUUUUUGUACAUUGAUCCAAGAGCAACCUGACAUCAACUAGAAAUGUAAACACUUCUGAAGAUCGAACCUGUGCAAUGACUUUUUUUAAGCUUUCUGGUGUUGGGGGGGACAAAAGCUGCUCAAAGUGCUUUUAUGAAAGACACAUAAAAGAGGCCGAAAUUCUUUUUACCAAUUACUCAGUGUGAUUCAUCGUAGGCUGGUAUGCACACACCUGUGUAAUAAAAGAUUUUGUCGAAAUAA